UUUGUCAUUGUUUUGAGCAAAGUACUACUGUGCAAGUGUGCACGUUUAUAAAAUGAUUAAACACUUUUUUCCGAGAACAACUGCGUUAUGUUUUGUGAGAAGGAUGUGUACGCCAGCCACCCCGCCUUCGACACCGGCAUCGAGCUCGUCUUCUGGUUCUAUGUCGAAGAGAUACCGACCUACAGAUUUUCAGAAGUUUGUCCUUGUUUGGACCAAGAAGUAUAAGAGCAAGGAGGAAAUCCCGGCAUUUGUCUCAGCUGAAAUUAUUGAAAGGUCCAGCAGUGAAGCUCGCAUAAAAAUCGCAAAUGUUCUCAUGAUCCUGACUGCUCUUGCAAGUUUUGGGGCCAUUAUGGCAGGAAAGGCAGCAGCAAAGAGAGGAGAAUCUGUCCAUCAAAUGAACAUGGACUUCCACAAAGAAUAUAAUGCCAAGCAGGACGAAAAAGAAGCAAUUGCUGCAGCCAAGUAGAACAUGACAAGAGUUUUAAUAAGUGUUGUAUACUUUAGAUAUUAUUAGAUUAAGCAUUAAAUGCAACAAAACAACUUUUAACUCAAAUCUAUUUAUAAUAUAUACACUAUAGGCUCAAAAACAAUUAUUUCAAUUCUCAGUCUUCAUAAGUUGUCAGGCUUAUAAUAGCUUCUACACUUCUCUGUAAACAGCUUUGUUGUUUUUUCACGGAUCACCUCUUCCACACUCAGUUCAGUUUGCAGAAGACGUAGCUGUCGAGAAACCGAUAAUAUUUAUAAGCAUAAUGUAUAAUAUAUUUUAAUAAUAAAUAUACAUAUUUUAACACCUA